CGAGCGGGGCCAGCGGGGCGAGCGGGGCUACUCCGCGGCCGGGCCGGGGGCGAGGCGCCGAGCGCCGCAGCGGGGCCCGGCCUCUUCCCCCGGCGGGGCCCGCAGCGCUCCGCCCUCCCCGCUCCCGCUGGCGGAGGGGCCGGGGCUGCCCCGUCCGGCCCCGGUGUGCGCGGUGCCGCCUGCCCAGAUGCGGCUCCGGCAGCGCGGCCGGCCCUUGGGGCAGCUGGAGCACGCCGAGAGCGCCGUGCCGGGGCUUCCCGCAUUGAAACAGGAGCCGCGGUCACGCCCGGCUCCCACGGCGAGCCCGGAGCUCAGGCCGGCUGCACACGGCGGGCUCAGGCCGCCCCCGGGCCGGGUCCCGCUCCGGGUGUGGGCGGGCGGUGUCCUCGGAGCGCCGGGAGCCCCCGGGAGCGGCGCUGCCCGGCCGGGAGCCCCGCGCUGGGACACGGCUCAGGGGAUGCUCGGAGCGCUCGGACUGUUCCUGGCACUUAGUGGGCUGAGGCAGCAUGGAGCAGUACACGGCCAACAGCAGCAGCUCCACGGAGCAGAUCGUGGUGCAGGCAGGGCAGAUCCAGCAGCAGCAGCAGGGAGGUGUCACAGCUGUCCAGCUGCAGACUGAGGCCCAGGUGGCAUCGGCCUCAGGCCAGCAAGUCCAGACCCUCCAGGUAGUGCAGGGGCAGCCGCUGAUGGUGCAGGUGAGCGGGGGCCAGCUCAUCACCUCCACGGGCCAGCCCAUCAUGGUGCAGGCCGUGCCCGGGGGCCAGGGCCAGACCAUCAUGCAGGUGCCCGUGUCUGGCACACAGGGACUGCAGCAGAUUCAGUUGGUCCAGCCAGGUCAGAUUCAGAUUCAAGGUGGGCAGGCUGUGCAGGUACAGGGGCAGCAGGGCCAGACCCAGCAGAUCAUUAUACAGCAGCCCCAGACUGCAGUUACUGCUGGCCAGACACAGACCCAGCAGCAGAUAGCAGUGCAAGGCCAGCAGGUUGCCCAGGCUGCUGAGGGCCAGACCAUCGUGUACCAGCCCGUGAAUGCUGAUGGCACCAUCCUGCAGCAAGUUACAGUCCCUGUUACAGGCAUGAUCACCAUCCCUGCAGCCAGCCUGGCUGGAGCCCAGAUUGUCCAAACAGGAGCCAACACCAACACCACCAGCAGUGGCCAGGGGACGGUGACAGUGACACUGCCAGUGGCUGGCAACGUGGUCAAUUCAGGGGGAAUGGUCAUGAUGGUGCCUGGGGCUGGCUCAGUCCCAGCCAUCCAGAGGAUCCCUCUGCCUGGAGCAGAGAUGCUGGAAGAGGAGCCCCUCUACGUCAAUGCCAAGCAGUACCACCGCAUCCUGAAGAGGAGACAGGCCCGGGCCAAGCUGGAAGCAGAGGGAAAGAUCCCCAAGGAGAGAAGGAAAUACCUGCACGAGUCCCGGCACCGGCACGCCAUGGCCAGGAAGCGGGGAGAGGGCGGCCGCUUCUUCUCCCCCAAGGAAAAGGACAGCCCGCACAUGCAGGAUCCAGGUCAAACCAACGAGGAGGCGAUGACACAGAUGAUCAGGGUCUCCUAACCCCUGCUUCCAGGGAAAAACGCCUGAAGGGAAUUCCCAUCCCUCCUGCCAGCCUGUCCUGCCUGCCCACAGUGCCCAGAUUUCCACAGAGCAAGCACCACGCGUUGAGGACACGCCUGAGGUUCCAACUCUACCAGCAGAGCCUUUCAGACCUCCUUGGUGCCCUCUCCUGAUCAAGCACAGGGAAUUCAGAGCCUGAGCUCCCGUCCCUUUGGUUUUCCUUCAUUUCCCACCUCCAUCCCUGUGGCUGGUGCAGCUCAGCCCUGUCCAGGGACAGAUUCCAGCUCCUCCAGCUGCACCACAGGGCUGUGUUUGCCCAGCAGAGAUUUUGGCAUUCCAUCCACUCCUCACCCCUUUGGACUGGGAUUUCCCUGAGCUGGGCCCUGCUGUUGCACUUCCAACCCUGGCAGAAACUGAAAGGAGGGGAUUCUUUUCAAUUCCACCUUGUAAAUGUGUAAAGAAGCUCUUCUCUGGGAAAGGUUCAGCCAUGCAAGCAGUGCUAGAAAUAGUCAGGAUUCCUGCAGGACUUGAUGUGUCGUGUCUCUGUUGCCAGUGGGGUGGGAGAGGGAGAUGUGGGGGGGAUUGGGUCAGUAAAUCAGUCUGGGUGGUUCUGGGUGUUCAUUGCCAGUCCUUGUUGCUUUGGAAGACAACUGGAUGCGAGUAUAAAAAGGAUUGAAACUUUUAAGUGAGUCUCUUCCAAAGGAUUUUUUUGUUUUGUUUUGUUUUAUUUUUUUUUUUUUUUGUUUUGAAGUCUUUCUCACCUGCCAGUGAAGUCCGUGGUUCCUCAGAGAGAUGUGGAACCCUCAGUGUCAGAGUGGUGGCACUUUGUCCAUUUUUGGGAUGGAAUUCCUGAUGCCCAAAUCAGUUCUAAAUUCCAGAGGGAUGGUUCAGGACAGCAGCAGCUGGGGCAGCUCACCUGAGGUGGACUCAGCAGAUGAAGGCAGAUACUGAUGAACCUUUCACACUUUUUAGAAAUUAAGCUCUUAAAAACAAAAGUGGCACUUAGUGAAGGAGAAAUACUUACAUUAUGAAAAAAACAGAAUUUUUCUAUGACCUACAGCUGGCUUUGGGCUGAGCAGCUCCACAGAACAAAGCUUUAAUUAAGGUUCUAAGCCUGCUCUCUUAUAAUUUGAAUUUUGGUGAUGGGUUAGAAGCAUUUAACAGGUGAAUUCUCCCCAUUCCACUCCUGUCCCCUCCCACCUUGAUGAGCUGCUCUGGGGAUCACCUGCCUGCUGGAGCCCCAGAUUUUCCAGUUUUUGUGUCCUGUAGUUCAAACUGGAUCACAGCAGUGAAGCUUGGGGCUGGGAAUGCUGCUGGGUGAGGAAUGAGGAGUUCCUGAGGAAAUGCAGCCAAGGAUGGGCGAGACAGAGUUAAAUUCAGUGAAUGCUGAUUUCAAAUGACAAAAAAAUGCAGCUUGAAAAUUAUGUUUCCUCCCUCCCAUGUUUUCCCAUUUACUGGAAGCUUAUGGCUGAAGACAAAGUGGAGGAUACAAAAGAACAGAGCCUGGAAAAUUCUGUUUCCUUUGGAUGAAAGAAAAAUACUCAACCUGAGAGUAUUUUUUGGAUCCUUGUUGUAAGCAGGCAAUCCUGGAGGAACCUGUCCAGGUGUAAGGAUGCCCCGUGGAAGGACAGGGAGGAGCUGCAGAGGGGGUUUGGAAUUGGCAACUGCAUCUCUGAAUUCUCUUGGUGUCAAUUCUGGAUCCUCCCCACUGCUGGAGCUGGGAAGGAGCAGCUGGCCUGGCUCUAGCAGGCAAAUAAACCUCAUUUCUUUCAAUUUUUAUCCUGAGUUACACCAGUAAUCUGACACUCUGCUCACAACUCUUAAUUAGGAUUUAUUUCUAAUGAUUACAAGGGCAUUUUUAACAUCCAUGGCAUUGUCAGGGCCUCUCUGGUUGCUUCUGCCUUAAAUCCUUGCCCAGUUCCAGCACUUUUUCUUUUUUCUUUCGCUGGUUUUCCUCACCUGAAACCCUCACCCAGCAUUUCCUGGGCUCUCCCCAUUUCAGGAACGUGCAGCUCUUUUUAAGGGAUUUUAGUUGGAUUUGCAGCAUUACUGUAAAUAUUUUUUUGGAGCAUCUGUACAUUUGGUUGGUGGAAUAUUUGUGUGCUGGAGUAAGAGCCUCUCCAGGAUUUUUUUUUUGCUCUUCAGUUGAUGGUAAAUUUCUGUCUUGAAACACCUUUUUGAGAGCUGGAAAUUCGGGAAGCAAGAUUAUUGCUCUGACAUAGAUUUUGUUCCUUUUUUUUUUUUUUAAUGAGUAAUUACUUUUCUUAAAGAACUCGUAGACUUUUUCCCAAUAUCCCUUCAUAUCUAGGUUCUCUGAUCUGCUGUUGUAGGUUGUGUGUGAAGAAAUACGGAUUUGUGUUCUAGAAAGUCUUAUUAAUAUUUUAAAUAGUGAUGUGAAAGCCCGAGUGCUCCUGUCAUAUUUUUAUUUGUUUUGUGUUCUGUGUAUCACUGCUGAAAGUUUUGUUUAUUUGAUGAGGUUGGAGCCAGCAGUCAACACCAUGGUACCAAAAAUAUCUGCUUUCUUUUCCCAGGAAAUGUGUUAAAAUUGGAGACAUGUCCAGUUCAAACCUCCCUGGUAAUUAAAUGAGAAUUCUUUGUAGAUUGGCUACACUUGAGCAAAAAUUCGACUUUAGGAGUGAGUUAAAGAGUGGGUGAGGAUGAAAGAAGAGACUUGGGGGAAAUGUGUUUGAUUGACCCAGAGCAGUGAAGCAUCAAACCCAUCAAAACCCAGAUUUGUAGGAGUGUAAAGAACAGAUUUUGGAAAAAAAAUGGUCCUCAAGUGAUGCUAAAUGGCUUUAAGGCCCUGCAUGUUAAAAAGAGGGGAAAAAAUAAACUUUUCUUUGUGAAGGGGCAUGGGAGGGUCCUGAGCUAAACAUAAUGUCAGGCCAAGUUUGUACAUAGUUCAAAGUUUUUAAUUUUUUUUAUAUGAUGCAUUUUUUCAAGUGUAUUUUGGUCUUUAAUAGAUGCAAUUGUAAGUACUGUGUACACUCUGCAGCUAAUAAAAUUUAUAAACUGAGAA